UCUUUUAGUAUCUGUAUGACGACGAUAUCGACACUUGCGGCUGUGGGAAUGAUGCCACUGUGUUUAUGGAUUUACAGCAGAAGUUGGACGGAUGAAUCCGCUGCCAUCCCCUAUAUCAGUAUCAUCACCUCCCUGGCUCUAAUCUUAGUUCCUAUUGUUGUUGGAAUGCUUAUCCGACAUUAUAAAGAACGGUGGUCAAGAAUCAUAACCCCGGUUGGUAGCGUAGUGGGUAUGUUUGCUAUUGCAGUCAACCUUAUCCUCAAUGGUUUGAUCAACCCUAAAAUGUUCCUGGUACCCUGGAAUGUUUGGUUCUCAGCAGCGAUAAUGCCAGUGAUUGCGUUCUUUCUCGGUUACAUCGCCGCGUACCUGUUACGCCAGUCACGAAAAAAAUGCCGCACAAUUGCUUUGGAAACCGGUUGCCAGAAUGUUCCCUUGGCGUUAACCCUUAUUGCUCUCUCUUACGCUGACAGCGAGGAUUUUUUGGAAAUUUUGAUUUUUCCGUCCUUGUUUGCCCCAUUGUUUCUUAUUGAUUACAGUCUUUGCGUGUUGGUUUUCAAAAUUAUCGAUAAAAAUAUGCAACCCGAUGGUGAUGGCGCGGAAGCUGUUACCGAUCAACCAGCAAAUGAUAUUUGCAACAAGAAGGACGUUAGUUUUAAAGUGUUAAGUCAAGAACCUUGUUGAGAUAUACGCUCCGCGGCUGCAUUGUGUUUUAUUCAUAAAUAGGCUUACAAAGCUUAACGUAAGUUAGAUUUCGUAGUUUAUUAACAUAUAUUAAUUUUGAAUUCGUAUAGUUUCUUUUUUAAAAAUGAAAAAUGUUAUCAAUACCGCGAAAUGCGGCUGAUUUCCGAUAGUUCCGUUAACAACUGCAAUACAAAUAAUGUCGAAGGACUUCUGUUAUAGUUUGUUGACUAUAAGUAUGUGGGUUUAGUCAUAGGCAAAUAAUACAACAUAGGCCUACUGUGUAUUUGACGCUGACAACGUGACCGUGUAUUAUUCGCCCUGCGCCAGCAUGCUGCAAUCAGUAGACUAGUGACAUCAUGGAGGUAUUGUUGAGAAGGAGAUCACUCGGCAAAGCUACGCGCACACAGCGCUAUGCAAAUGAACCAAGAUCAAAGUUACCGCAGCGCGUAAAGAACGUUUGCGCGAUGCCUUUGAAGUCCCAUGUGUUCCCCG